AUGUCAUCCCAAUUCCGACAAUGUGUAGAAUGUGGAGCUCCGAUGGGCUCAUCCAAAGUGUGCAGUUAUUGUGGCUUUGGAAGUAAACACAACAAAACUAUUUAUUAUCUCGAAAUUGGAGACCAAGAAGGAGAAGAUAACAAUACAUUUACAUUUCAAACGGGACAACAAAACACUGGUCGUGUGAGCAGAGAUAUUUUCACGUUCACAGAAUUAGGAGGAACACAAUCUUUGGAUGAACAAUGUGAGCAAAAUAGUGGAUAUGCUUUUAUAUUUUGUUUUCAGAGAGUAUUGCAAUGUCAGGUAGACUUUUUAAUUGAAAGAAUGAAUUUCCCUUCAAUUUUGAGGAAGGCUCUCGCAGAUAUUUGGUUGGAUUUUGUGGAUGAAGUUAAAUUCAAAACACCACUUCUAAGAAGCAAACUCACUAAGAAACAAUUGCAUGUCAAUGUUAGGAAUACUCUUCAUAGAUUUGUCAAGGUCAAUGCACGAGCACUUCGAAAACUAUAUUUACAAAAAGAAUUGAAAUUUGUUGGAUUUUUAUUACCAAAACUUCAAUCCUAUGAUACAUUGGUGUUUAUUUAUUUGGCAUGUGCAACUAUAGGACAUCCAGUCAUGCUUCCAAUUUUAAGACAUUGGGCCAUGACGGGAGUAAUUCCGUAUCGAAAAGUGUGUACUGAACUUUUUUCAAAUGAUCCUCGAUUUAGAAAAUUUAGUAGUAAUACUUUUUCAUUUAACAUGUAUACAGAAGAUAAUAUGGCAUCAAAUUUCAGAGAAGGGGUCAUGCCCGACUCGAGAGAAUUAUGGAAACGUGUGAAAAAACUCUCUCAACGAAAGCAAUUCAUUCAAACGAGUGUUCCAUCGAGUGCCGAGCAAACACAAGGCCAUGAAACGCAAUCAACUCCUUCACCCUUCAUUUCACGCCGAUACAUUCCAAUUCCAGAUAUUAAUUGUGAAAUUAUUCUUCGACCACUUUUUCCAUUAUUCAUUCCAAACAUUCCACAACAAGAAUACGACACUCUUAUCUCUUACACGUGUCGUCUCAUUCAGGCUUACACAAAAAUUUCACAACCCUCCAUUUACAACCAAUGUGAAAAUUCAGUAACCACUUUACCAUUUUGGAAAAAUCCACUCACUGAGAGCCACAUGUCUCCCUGCAUGUUGAUCAUGUGUUUUGUGUGUAUGACCCUCAAGUUAUGUUUUGGGCUCAGUCGACAAUAUGAUCCUCGAACGAACAUUUCCCUUACUCGAUUCAAAAGUGGAUCGAGUAAUGCCAUUCAUUCAUCCUCCAUGAAUGACUCCUCAUCACAAACAACAAGUACCACUCACUCCCAUUCAAACACACAUCCCAAAUGGGCUCAAUAUGUCAUUCGAAUGAAUGAACAUUUGGCAAGGCAACAUCGAGGUGGAAUCCUCAUUGAUCAUCAUCCCAUAAGGUUGCAAUGUCCGGACGACCGAAUGUUACUUUCCACCUUUCUCGAAAUGACCAUUCACGAAAAGACUUUCCAUCACACACUUCUGAAGGGUUCUCUCCAUCGACAAUUAUUCUUUGGAAAUAAUUUACAGGCAGGUAUUAAGGCGAGUACCAUGUUUUUGAAUGAGAUGAAUAUUCAAGGAUUGCAACCCUUAUUGAAUUCGUUGAGAGAAUUUGAGAAUACUUUCUCACAUCAACAACAGUAUCCAUAUGGAGAACAUUUGAGUGGUAGUCGUGGUGAUAGUGGUGGUACUGGUGAUGCGCACGGAAACAAGCACACGACAAGCAUGGUUCGUUCACAACUUGCAUUUCCCUCACAGCAAGAUAUGGAAGAAAGAGCUCGACACUAUUCUCUCUUAUUUGACGUGAAUGGAACAUCUUUUCAACGACUUGGUUAUAGUGAGGAGGAGGAAGAGGAGGAGGUAGUUGCACCCUUCCUUGAUGCGCAUCCUACGUUCAUUGACAUGUCUUUCCUACUGCAAAGUGUGAGUUGGUUUAUGGGUGUGGAUCCACAGAGUUCUUCUUCUUCCUCAUCAGGUUCAGCGACGAGUAUCUAUGGGACAAGUAGUCAUGGAUUCUAUGGCAGCAACGACCGUCAUCAUCGUCUCAGAAACAGCAAUGAUUCUAAAGAAGAACGAUUUUUCACACAUGUCGACAUGUCUUUCCAAUCACUUCUCUCGAAUAUUAUUGUCAUUUUGGAAAGUGUAUUACUUGGAGUUGGAACGAGUGUGGCCAGCACCACUACUUCGAAUAAGAGUAGUAGUGUCAACAGUGUUGCUGCUACAGCCUCCAUAGAAAUGGUCCAUCACGACAACAAGGACGACAAGGAAACUCUUUCCAUUCAGGGAAUUUCGAAUAUUUCCAAAUGGAGCAACAUUCGAAAUCACAUGCAACACCAAGGUGUGUGGUAUCAACUCGAACGACUCAAUUCUCAACUCCUUCAUGAAGGAAGAAAAGAAUUGUGGGAAUUAACUCUCCCUGCGUAUCAACUCGAAUUUCCACAAGUGUCCUAUCGAAGAACAACUAGGCAGACUGCCAUAGAUGGAAGAACAAACAAGAUGAUUGAUGAGAAUGGAGAGGUUCCUUAUGGACAUAGGAAGAAGAAGAAGAACCAGAUGGAUGACAUUACGAUCGAAGAUCUACUGGAGAAUCACAAUGCUGAUGAAGAGGAGGAAUCUCAUGAGGAUCAUCAUCACAGCCGAUUCAUGUUGUCUCUUCCGUUUGUUCAAUUAUUGGAACGAUCCAUCAUCCAGUCGACACCUCCUCUUGGAAAAGAAGAUGAAACAACUCAUCUUGAUCGUCGCUAUUACUCGUGUAUGGGAUCCUCUACCCAUGAAAUUCUCAAUGUAACGUCCAUACAAAAGACAGUCCGAAUGAUUUAUUCCACUCUGAAACAGUAUCAUCCUCCUCAUUCCAUGCUUCUUGAAGAAUAG